GAAACUAAUGAUAGUCUUUAUCAAACUUUAAAGAUUGGUUGGGUUUGUGUUAGUGAAUUGUGUCAUUUUAAAUUUGAUAUAGAUACAUUUCUUUGAGAGUAAAAUGACGGUGAUGGAAUUUUUUGGUUGUGCUUUUAUAGCCUUCGGACCACCACUGGCGAUGUUCGCCUUAACUGUUGCAAAUGACCCAAUUCGAAUCAUUAUUUUGAUAUCUGCGGCAUUUUUUUGGCUUUUGUCCUUGUUACUGUCAUCCAUACUGUGGUAUGUUGUUGUUCCUCUGAGAAAGACACUUGCUUUUGGACUGGUGUUUUCUGUAAUUUUUCAGGAGAUAUUUCGUUUUUCAUUCUAUAAGCUGCUUAGGAAAGCUGAAGUUGGGUUAAAGAAAGUGACGGAGGUUGGUGCUGAUCGACAUGCUGUCACAACAGGAAGGAAUACAUUAGCUUAUGUUGCUGGACUGGGAUUUGGAAUGAUGAGUGGAGCAUUUUCUUUGAUAAAUGUAUUGGCUGAUUCUGUUGGUCCAGGAACUGUAGGCCUUGAAGGAGAUUCUCCUCAUUUCUUCAUAACUUCAGCGUUCACGACCUUGGCUUUCAUCCUGUUGCAUACCUUUUGGGGUAUUAUCUUCUUCCAUGCUUGGGACCAUCAACACUAUUUUUCUGUAAUUUAUGUCAUCUGUUCUCACCUCGUAGUGUCUUGUUUGACGUUAAUCAACCAACGUGGUAUGUACGCUGCAUCUCUAGUUCCUGUGUAUUGUAUCACCAUAGUAACAGGGAUCCUAGCAUUUAAAGCAGCAGGUGGUUCCUGGCAUUCUUUCCGAGCCUUCAUACGUAUAACUCCCAAAUGAUCAAAUACUUAGUACUACCAUAAUAAGACUGAAGUAGGCUCUUGUUUUCAAAUCUUUAAAGUCCUAAACAGUUUGGAUUAAAAUAGUUUAAAAAUAAUUGAAAUGUGACAGUAUUUUGAGCAGAGUUGCUGAAGCCAGAUUACCUUUUAUUUGGAUAUCAUUGCAGCACUUUGAAACGUCUUAACAUAUAAAUAUAUAUAUUCUUUUUUUUAGUGUAAAUUUUUUCCAAGUAAAUGUUGAAAAAUAUUGUAAUAAUCACCAAGUGAUGAACAUGUAUAUGUACUAAUACUUUAAAUGGGUCAAUUUGAAGUACUUUCAUUAAGAAUAUAUAAAGAUAUAUUCAAAUUUUUUUAACGUGAUUGAAUGAAGUUAUCAUCAUAUAAUAAACCUGAUAUUUGUGUUUCAUAAAUUUAAUUUGUUCCUAUAGCAUGAAAAAAAAUAUUUUUGUCUUAACAAACUUGGUUUAAGAGUACUGCCAUGUCACUGCAUUAGCGUUUAGUGGCAGUCUCCUUAUUUCUGUUUCGUUCGCAUCUUUUAUUUAGCUGACUCCUCCUAUCGCAUUUCUUCUUAAUCAAAAUACGCUAACUGUUGAAGAAUUUGACUUAGCUAAUUCUUAUUUUCCUAUAUACUAUCCCAUCCAAUAAGAUUACUUACACUGUUUCCCCCUUUUAGUGGUGCAGUAAAUUUGAUAGUUGAAUUUUAAUAAAAUAUGAUCUUGACAUCAAACUUUCUCUAAAAUAUAAGUAAGCAUUUUUGUUAUAUGAAGAAGUUAAUAAUCUAAUGACUAGCAUUAGUGACUGAAGAGAAAUACAACUUUUUUAGAUGUAAAACCUUCUCUCCCUGUUCUGCCUCUUUCUAUCCUGAUACUCAUCAGUAGAUAAUCAGUUUUUAUUAGUCUUUAUUUUCAUUCACAAUAGGAUACCUGAUAACCAUUACACAAUAACAAACCAUAAAUGACAAAUAAAGUAAAAGUUUCCCAACAAAGUAUAGAAAGAAACAACUUGAUUGGAAAAAGAAGUACAAGAAAAAACAGUACAAAUCCUGUUGCUAAUAAUACAAAUGAGUGAAAGAUAACUUAUUUUAUUUAUUUGUGUAAUGUUCUAUAUAUAUAUAAACCUUUAGAAAUCUGUAUGUAUUACUUUUACAUUAAUGUCUUACAAAUGUGAUUUGUUAGUCAUAAAAUUCUAAUACCUGAAGCAUGAAGGGCCAAAUUUGGGAAAUAAGACUUGAACUUGCCUAAACAAUGGUAUUCCACCCUUUGUUACUAUCAUUUUAAAAAGUUUCCAAAACAAAAAUAUUGUUUAUUAAUUCCAGCCAAAUACUAAGACAUUCAAGCCUUAUGUCACAAUAUCGAAAUACUUUAAAACAAAGAACGCUAGUAAUCAUUCAAAAUAUAGAAAUAUUUUGAUAAUCUGCUCAAAUUAGGACAGCCUGAUUUCAAUUCUUAAAUUUUUGAGUUUAUUAUUCAUUAUUUAUGGGUUUAUUAAGUUUAAACAAAGAUAUCAGUGAAAGUUAAAUAUUUUACCCAUGUUCUCCCUCCAUUUAUUUAACUACUUAACGUUUAAAAAAAAAUCUAUUCCAAAAAAAUGUAUUCUGAUCUAUAAAGUUCAUAAAAUUAAUACAUAAGAACACUGAUAAACCACAUGUAGCAUCUCUUAAGAUUAAUACACUGAAAUUAGCAACAAGCACUAUUAAGGAUCAGUCAUUUCUUUUCAGAACAACUGUUUGGAUAUUUCCUUGGAAAUAGAAAAUACUAACUAGAUCUAUUUCAUACUCACUAAUACAUAAUUACUUGGUAUUUUAUAUUUAAUACACAUUUAUUUAGCAAAUUAUAUUAAAACAAAACUGCAGAAAUAUUUUCUUUCCUUUUUUCUGGUGUGAUAACAAUUCUCACUUCUACUGCAUUUAAUUUUUGUGACAGCUGUUGAUUUUAUUCUGUUUAUUGAGUGAUCUCGAGUAUUCCAGUCUCUUGGAGUAUCUGCUCUUCUUUAAUUAUUCUUAUCAGAACCAAAGUCAUCUUUGUUUCUUCUUCACUGAGGGUAAAGUUAUCAUAAGUUUUGUAGUUGUUUUUUUAGCAUUGCUAAUUCAUGUAUCCUCCAAGUUUUUUAAGUAAAUUUUUUCUUGUGGACUUUAACUAUCCAAAUAGUUUAUAGUCUAACCUUGAAACUUCAAUCAACUUCAUUGUUGUUGUUUUUUAGUGUUCUAAUAUUUCUUACCUGUUAAAGCACUUUUCAAUAAAAUGACUUUAAAUUGCAAGUAUUAUAAGGGUAAAAUUUGACUUUUGUUUUGUUUAUUUUUUACAUUCAUGAAAUACCAUUCAUUGGUUGAUCUUGUCACUACUUGGCUGCUGUAAUUUGGAUCGAUCAUUAACUAGUGUUAAAUAUAGUAAUGUUUCAUUAGGUCAUCAGUUUGCUAAAGUGGUGUGAGUUAUAUGACAAUUAUUAAGUUCACUCUUCUGUUACUUGGAAUUUUUGUCGUGCUUGAGAAGUGUGUUAACUUGGACAUCUUUUAUGGUUCAAGAAACUGAGUCAAAUAUGUAUUUGUGCAGUAGAAACUCACGUUUCUCCAAAACUGACUAUUU